AUGUCCUCAACUGCGUCCCGCCCAGCGAAUCUCAGCAACCUCACCCCCUCCGAAACCCGUCUCCGCCGGCGCGAAUGGAACCGCGGGCCCUUGACCGAUCUCUUCCCCUUAAUCCCCUCCGCACCGCUCGAACGCCUCCUCGACAUCUGCAUCGACGUGAAGAAUUAUACGUACAACCUCUCCGAGUCGAAGUUCUGGAAUGCGCGGCGGCUGACUAGUAUCGUCGUGGCGCACGUGCGGCAUAAUUACAGCGAUUACGACCGGUUGUUGCGCGAGGAGAGGGUCGAGCGGUAUGAGGCGCGGAGGCGGUCCGGGGACCAGGUGUGGAGGAAGUUGAGGGAGUGGUGUCCUUGGGAGGAGGCGAAUCCGGUGUUGGAGAGGGCGUGGAGGGCGACGCUGGUGCCGCCUGAGGAGAGGGAUCCGACGUGGGAUCCGAUGGAUGUUGAUGAGGAGAGUGAUGGGGAGGGGGAGGAGGAGGCUCCGGUGGGUGGCGAUGGGGUGGAGGAUGAUCCGAUGGAUUUGGAUUGA